AUGCGUUUCGGAAUUAAGUUUACUGAUAAGGAUCUACUUAGUAUUUUUCUCAGACCUUCAACGAGUUUCACCGAGUUUCAAAAUACCAUAAUCCAAAAACUGGGGCUGCAAGGCAUGAAACGGGAUAACGUGAAGUACGAUUCGUUGGCCAAGCUUGUGGAUGUGGUCUCUAGUUCAGAAGGUUCUAACCGGAAUCCUCAGCCUUCAGCCACGGCAGCCUGCUCUAGUUCAAGGCCUGUUGGAGCCUCUUCAUCUCUGCCUAUGAUGGAGCCUGACGCAAUUUUCAUUGUCUCCCCAUCCUUUGCCGCUGAUCUCUACCGCACUCGUGAUGGAGAAGGUAGAGCACCGGAUGGUGUGGCAUAUGUAUUUGAGGAUGAGGAUGAUGAUGAUGAUGAUGAUGUAGAUCCCGCCACGAUUGCCGAUGAUGGUGAUCAUGAGCUAGCGAAAAGUACUCCAGCUGGGGGUGGUGGAGCAGCUGGUUCAGGAAAUCCGCAAUAUCCCCCGCACUUUUCAACUUUGGACUUGGAUGCCAUGAGACAACAGGAGAAACCUGUCGUGCCUAUCGGAUUUGGGGCCAGAGACACACAGGAUAUAGGAGGAAUAGUUGAGUUCCAGUGUAAGAAAUUCGACAAUGGAUUCACCUGGUUGAUUCGUAUUAGUCUCUGCCAGCGCAGAGGUAUUUGGGAGGUAAAACGGUACAGUGGAUCUCAUACUUGUCUAGCCACUUUGAUAUCCAGUGAUCACAUAAGGCUUGAUUACCAUGUGAUCUCAGCUUUCAUACUGCCUACGAUUAGAGCCGGUGCUGUCGUGUCGAUCAAGGCAUUGCAGAAUGCUUCAAAGGCCCAUUUUGGUUUUAGACUGGCUUACAAGAGGGUUUGGAUGGCUAAGCAAAAGGUCGUGGCUCAGAUUUACGGAGACUAG